AUGGAGUGGCUAGGCGACAUGACCGCUCACUUUGGGCUUGAUCUUUUCAAAUUGCUGAACAAAGAAAACAAUGGGAACGUCUUCUUUUCCCCCGCGAGCAUCUCCACCGCCAUCGGCAUGCUCCUCCUGGGGGCCCGCGGAGCCACCGCGGCCCAGCUGCGGAAGGUGCUUUUCUCUGAACAGGACACAGAAAGCUUAAGAGUCAAAGCUGAAGAAAAAGAGGUAAUUGAGAAGACAGAAGAGAUACACCACCAAUUCCAAAUGUUUCUGAGUGAAAUAAGCAAACUCACUAAUAAUCAUGAACUGAAAAUAGCCAACAGGUUAUUUGGAGAAAAGACAUACCUUUUCCUUCAAAAAUACUUAGAUUAUGUUGAAAAAUAUUACCAUGCCUCUCUGGAACCUGUUGAUUUUGUAAAUGCAGCAGAUGAAAGUCGAAAGAAGAUUAAUUCCUGGGUUGAAAGCCAAACACAUGAAAAAAUCAAGGACCUGUUUCCAAAUGCUUCUCUGAACAGCUCCAUCAAGUUGGUGGUGGUGAACGUCGUGUAUUUUAAAGGGCAAUGGGACAGGGAGUUUAAGAAAGAACAGACCAAGGAGGAGGAAUUUUGGCUGGAUAAGAACACGAGUAAGCCUGUGCUGAUGAUGACCCAGCGCCACACCUUUAGCUUCACUUUCCUGAAGGACCUGCAGGCCAAGAUUCUGGGCAUUCCGUAUAAAAACAAUGAACUAAGCAUGUUCGUGUUGCUGCCCAAUGACGUCGACGGCCUGGAGAAGAUUAUAGAUAAAAUAAGUCCCGAGGACUUAAAAGAGUGGACGGGGCCAGGGCAGAUGGAGGAGAGGCGCGUGGACCUGCGCCUGCCCCGAUUUGAAGUGGCAGACAGCUACGACCUGCAGGCGCCGCUGGCCGCCUUGGGGCUGGAGGAGGCCUUCAGCGAGCCCAAGGCCGACUAUUCGGGAAUGUCCCCACACUCAACGCUGAGUGCCCGGAAGUUCCUGCACAGGUCCUUUGUGGUGGUGACUGAGGAAGGUACCGAGGCCACUGCGGCCACCAGCAUUGGCUUUAGGGUCACACUAGAGCCCGACUAUGAAACUGUCCACUGCAAUCACCCAUUCCUGUUCUUCGUCAGGCACAAUGAGUCCAACAGCAUCCUCUUCUUCGGCAGAUUUUCCUCUCCUUAG